AUGGCUAACCCUGGUGCGAGUUUUUUGCCCCCGGGCUACGUAGCAGCCCCUCGCUAUGUGACCUACUUCGAUCUUUACUCCGACACCUCGCAGAACACAUCGAUCUUCAUCACCGGCCUCCCCUUCGACUGUACCGUCAGCGAGGUCCUCUCCAAGAUCCGCGGCGGCAAGAUCUGGUACGCGAACCUCAUCCCGGUCAACUCCAGCCACAACCACUCUGCGGCAAAAAUCACCUUCUGGGACCGCAACGGUCUCAUGCGUUUCAUGUACAACGUCAGCCAAGGCCGCUUCUACAUCCGCGGCGUCGUCCCCCGUGUCAUGAUGGACAAGUACGUCACCUACUCCCACCAGCCGUCCAACGAGUCCCGCGUUCUCCAUAUCACCGGUCCGAACAGCGUCGUCAGCGAGAGCAUGCUGAACUGGUACUUCCGCGAGCACUCCAAGUACACCGUUGACUACGUCUGGAUCAUCGAGAAGGAUGAACAGAACACGUCCCUGGAAUUCGCCUUCUGCGCGUACCACCAGGCCCAGAGCGCGAUGCAGUUUUUCGAGAAUUCUAAGACGAAGGAGGGUUCGAUUGGCGAGAUCUUCCGCCAGGUUACAGUCGGCUGGGUACAAGAUCCGUGCUCUUCGGAAUAA